AAACACCACCCCACUUGUUCCUUUUCUCUUAAACAAGCAGCCAUGACAACAGAGAUCGACAGUCUCUGGAUCUUCGCUCUUGCUUCCAAAUGCAAGUCCCUCACUCAUGAAACCAUUUUUUUACCAAUUUUGAUCAUCGCCUUAGCUUGGCUUGCCAUGGCUUUGAUUUACUGGGCUCACUCCGGUGGUCCUGCUUGGGGCAAGUACAUGCUCCGAAAGGCUACUUCCACUAAGAUUCCAGGUCCUAGAGGGUUGCCUCUGAUUGGCAGCAUGAAUUUGAUGGGCUCACUAGCUCACCAUCGCCUCGCCGCUGCGGCAGAGUCUUGCGACGCCAAGCGGCUCAUGGCUUUCAGUCUCGGUGACACACGUCUCAUACUGACUUGCAAUCCCGAAGUAGCUAAAGAGUUAUUGAACAGCUCGGUGUUUGCGGAUCGUCCGAUUAAGGAGUCCGCUUACAGCUUGAUGUUCAAUAGAGCAAUUGGGUUCGCGAAUUACGGUGUUUACUGGCGUACUCUGCGGAGGAUCGCGGGAACCCACCUGUUCUGCCCGAAGCAAAUCAAGGUUGCCGAGAUGCAGCGACAAGUGCUCGCGUCUCAAAUGGUCACCGUAUUUGGGAACAAACAGGAGAGUUUCGGUGUUCGGGAGUUGAUUAAGCGAGCUUCGCUUAACAACAUGAUGUGCUCUGUUUUUGGGCGCAAAUACGAAUUGAAUUCCAGCAGUUGGGAAGUUGAGGAGCUGAAGGAACUUGUCGAUGAAGGUUAUGAUCUCUUGGGCUUGCUCAACUGGACUGACCAUCUCCCUUGGCUCGCUAAUUUCGACCUCCAGAAAAUCCGGUCCAGAUGUUCAAACCUCGUACCCAGAGUGAACAAGUUCGUUGGCAAAAUUAUCGCUGAGCACCGAGCUGAAUCGGCCGAAAGGAGCCCAGAUUUCGUUGACGUUUUGCUGUCCCUCCAAGGUGCCGAUAAAUUGUCCGACAGUGACAUGAUCUCCGUUCUUUGGGAAAUGAUAUUUAGAGGAACAGACACAGUGGCAGUUUUGAUCGAGUGGGUGCUGGCUAGAAUGGUUCUUCAUACCGAUAUCCAGUCAAAGGUUCAUGAUGAGCUGGACAGAGUUGUUGGUUCACGAGCCGUCACUGAAGCUGACAUCGCCGCAAUGGAGUAUCUCCCAGCCGUAGUGAAGGAGGUUUUGAGGAUGCACCCACCGGGCCCACUCCUGUCAUGGGCCCGUUUGGCCAUCACUGAUACAACCAUCGAUGGGUACCACGUGCCAGCUGGAACCACGGCAAUGGUCAACAUGUGGGCCAUCACAAGAGACCCAGAGGUUUGGGAGAACCCACUUGAAUUCAACCCGGAAAGAUUUGUUGCAAAGGACGAGAAGGUGGAAUUUUCCGUACUUGGAUCGGAUCUCAGGCUGGCACCAUUCGGGUCUGGCAGGAGGGUUUGCCCCGGAAAGAAUCUGGGUUUGACCACAGUCAACUGUUGGGUAGCAUCAUUGUUGCAAGAGUUCGAAUGGCUGCCUUCUGAUCAAAAGGGUGUUGACCUAUCAGAGGUGCUCAAGCUGUCUUGUGAGAUGGCUAAUCCUUUGACGGUUCAGGUCCGUCCUAGGCGCAUGAUGAGCACAACCCAGUAAAAUCAUUUGCUCAAACAUGAGCUUUGUUAUAUUAAUUAGGUCUAGGUCUUACAGGCUUACAGCUUCUCGUCAUCUCCAUCUUCAUUACACAUGUGGAUCCCAUCUUUGGCUCUUAUGUCAAUUAGUUCUUAGUUUUUACAUACAUAGGUUUCAAAUAAUCCUCUCUGUGACUCUGCUACACACCAGACUUGUAUAAGCUUGGCAUAAACAUAUCUAUAUGUU